UGCUUGGAUUUGGAUAUAGCCAUAGCCAAUAAGAAAAUAGCAUAGCAUAUUAAAUUUGCAAGGUAGGAGAGGCAGAGAAGAUGGCUGGUGUGCGUAAUCAAAGCCAAAGAGUAUGGUAUAAUUUGUUUGCAUAGCAAUGGCCUCAUCCUUAAUGUUACCAGCAGUUGCAACAUUGAAACCUUGUACCACUCUAUCAUCAUCAUCAUGUUCACGAAGACUUGCUCUCUUUAACCUUGUCACUGCCGGUGGUAUUGGUUAUUCAGCUCUCCCACAAUCCCAGUUGUUCGGUGCAAGAGGAUUAGAGUUGUUUAAUGUAGCAGAAGCUACUGCUGCAGAAAAGCUAGCCCAACCAGACCAAAAUUUAUUUGACUGGGUCAAAAAUGACAAGAGAAGAUUUCUCCAUGUUGUGUACCGUGUUGGAGACUUGGAGAAAACUAUAAAGUUCUACACUGAAUGCCUUGGUAUGAAGCUAUUGAGAAAACGUGAUAUACCUGAAGACAGAUAUUCAAACGCUUUUCUUGGAUAUGGGCCUGAAGAUUCCAAUUUUACAGUUGAACUUACUUACAAUUAUGGAGAGGAUAGCUAUGACAUUGGAACUGGUUUUGGUCAUUUUGGUAUUGCGACCGAAGAUGUUGCUAAGACGGUGAAUCUAAUAAAGGCAAAAGGGGGAAAGGUUACCAGGGAACCAGGGCCUGUCAAAGGUGGAAGCACAGUUGUUGCUUUCAUUGAAGAUCCUGAUGGUUAUACGUUUGAGCUUUUGGAGAGAGGACCUACUCCUGAACCCCUAUGCCAAGUGAUGCUACGAGUGGGUGAUCUUGAUGGUGCCAUAGCCUUCUAUCAAAAAGCUCUUGGCAUGACACUUCUCCGCAAGAGGGACAACCCUGACUACAAGUACACAGUAGCCAUGAUGGGCUAUGGUCCUGAAGAUAAGAAUACUGUUCUAGAACUGACAUAUAACUAUGGCGUCACCAAUUAUGACAAAGGAAAUGGUUAUGGACAGAUUGCAAUAGGCACAAAUGAUGUCUAUAAGACAGCAGAAGCAAUCAAAUUGUGUGGAGGGAAGAUUAUCCGUGAACCUGGGCCCUUGCCAGGUAUCGACACCAAGAUAGCAGUUUGCUUGGACCCUGAUGGUUGGAAAUUGGCAUUUGUUGACAAUAUUGAUUUUCUGAAGGAAUUAGAGUGACAAUAGCAUGGUUCUAUAUCCUCCACAUCUUCAUUGAAGUUAUGGUACUAUUAAGACUAGAGAUUUUUUCAGUGAAAUCUUUAUAGCCGUACUGUAAAAUCUCCAUCUCUAUAAGUAAUCCCUUCAGUCAAUCAAUGUGAGGGGGGAAAAGGAAAGAAAAGUAAAAGCAUAUUUACAGCAAUCCCAAUGACCAAUGUCAACCCUGGUAUUUUUAUU